AUGGUCUUCCUAUCCGCAUUUGCCCUGUGCGCAGCCGUAACAAGCGUAUCCGCGCUCCAGGCGCCGCUUCUGUCGUCCGGCAGCCAGGCGCUGCUUGGACACGCCCACGCAACCAAACCGCUGGUCAACUCAGCCAAGCUCCAGGAGCUCAUCAGCGGCGACAGGCUCAUGACGCGUGCGAAGAAGCUGUACGAGAUUGCAAAGCUUGGUGAGGCCGAGUACAACCACCCGACCAGAGUGAUUGGUAGCGCCGGCCACCUCGGCACCCUAUCCUACAUCUACGAGACUAUUCACGAGCUCGGCGACUACUACACCAUUUCCAACCAGUCGUUCCCCGCUGUGUCCGGCAAUGUCUUCGAGUCGCGUCUGGUCAUCGGAAGCAGCGUGCCCAAGUCCGCCUCGCCCAUGGGCCUGACCCCGGCAACCAAGGACAAGGAGCCUGUGCAUGGCGAUCUCGUGCACGUCGAAAACGAGGGUUGCCAGGAAUCCGACUUCCCCGACUCGGUCGCGGGCAACAUUGCCUUUAUCAAGCGCGGAGUGUGUCCGUUUGGCACAAAGUCGGAGAACGCUGGUCGCAAAGGCGCUGUGGCGGCCGUCGUUUACAAUUAUGACAAGGAUGCUGUUUCCGGGACUUUGGGCACACCAUCUCCUGACCACGUUGCAACCUUUGGUCUUUCCGGUGAAGAAGCGGAGCCUAUCCUGGAGAAGCUUGCCAAGGGAAAGCACGUCGAUGCCAUUGCUUACAUCGAUGCCGAAGUCAACCAGAUCCUGACGGUCAACAUCGUUGCUCAGACAGCUGAGGGUGACCCUGAGAAUUGCGUCAUGCUCGGCGCUCACAGCGACAGCGUCACUGAAGGUCCUGGCAUCAACGACGACGGCUCAGGCACAAUCUCGCUUCUCGAAGUUGCUACCCAGCUCACCAAGUUCAACGUCUCCAACUGCGUGCGGUUCGCCUGGUGGGCCGGUGAAGAGGAAGGCCUGCUUGGCUCUGAUUACUAUGUGGCCUCGCUCUCGGAGAAGGAGAAUCAGAAGAUUCGUCUUUUCAUGGACUACGACAUGAUGGGCAGUCCCAACUUUGCCUACCAAAUCUACAAUGCUACCAAUGCCGUGAACCCCACCGGAUCAGAGGAGCUUCGUGACUUGUACAUCAAGUGGUACGAGGACGAGGGCCUGAAUUACACCUUCAUCCCCUUUGACGGCCGUAGCGAUUAUGAUGGAUUUAUUCGCAACGGUAUCCCUGGUGGUGGCAUUGCAACCGGUGCCGAAGGCAUCAAGACGGACAAGGAGGCUGAAAUGUUUGGUGGCAAGGCAGGUGAUUGGUAUGAUCCGUGCUACCACCAGCUCUGCGAUGAUGUCGGCAAUGUCAACCUUACAGCCUGGGUUGUCAACACAAAGCUCAUCGCUCAUUCCGUUGCGACGUAUGCGCAAUCUUUCGAGGGCUUUCCCAAGCGCCAGCUUGACAUUGCGGCCAAGUCAACUGCCUACAGGGAGAAUGCCAAGUACCAUGGUGACAAGCUGUUCAUUUAGUUGCUUGUUCUCUGUUUCUUGACUGCAGUCGCCUGUGAUACGUACACGUCCCUCUCCUUAUAUCUCAGUCUUUGGUCGUUUUGAGCUUGUGCAGUUAUGAGUAAUGUAUGAUUACAUCUAGGAGACAUUUUAUAGAACAUGAAAGAACCAGUCUAGC